ACGCGAGCAUUGUUUUUUUGGGGGGACGAUUGGGAUGUCAUGAUUCGGUUUACGAUCAUCUCCCGUGCAGGCGAUGGCUUACCUCUAGUCGCAACCAUGGAGUCCCAGCGCGAAGAGGACCAGAUAUCUGGAUACAAAAAGUUAUCAAAAACAAUUAUAAAAUGCCUUGCACCUGAUGCGCAUGAUACUGCGUAUCUCCAAGUAGAAGCAUCAUCCAUAACAACAGACGAAUAUACAUUCCACUACGAAAUUCAUUCCGGCGUCAUAUUCCUCACACUGACAGAUAAAUCCUUUCCAAGACUAUUAGCAUUCUCCUACCUGAACGAACUCAUUAAAGCCUUUUUCGAUGAGAUGUCUUCAUCGUCGUCAUUUGGACAACGCUCCGUUCAAGCUGUUCAAAGACCGUAUUCGUUUAUUCGAUUCGAACCCGUGAUACAGGGUAUCAAGAAACGGUAUGCGAAUACGCGACAGUUGAGGACACAAGAGGAUUUGGUGGAAUUGUCCGGGAGGAUACAAUCCAUUCCAAUCUAUUCCGCUCGUGAUGUUUUGGGAGUUUCUGGUCCCGUAAUGGGUAUCCCACCCCUCCCAUCCCUAGCACACCUGAAACCCCCAGCACCCCCAUCCUCCACCCGUCAAUGGGUUCGUCUAUGUAUCCUCGCUAUAGAUAUUUUGUAUCUACUGUUAUGGUGGACGAGUUGGGUGGGCGGUGGGACGGUGACGGAUGGGUUUGGACGAGUGGAAGGGCCUCGAGGGGUGGAACGGGGGUUGGUGUUGGUGAUUGGAGUUACGAGUCCAGUUUUAUUGAUUCAGGCUUACAAGCAUCAUAACAACAUACGAACCCACUCGCAUCUCGUCGAUAACGUUAGUACACUCCACGCCCUAACAACACUAUUCCAAAUCCUUGUUGUGUCAUUUUGUAAACGGAAUGUCGGACCACGGAAUACGGGGGCGCCACUCCAGGUUGCUGCGGGGUGGUUCGCAGGAUGGUGUCUCCCCGUACCGGUUGUAGCAAUUAAAGUCGUUUACGUGCUUUUGGUGACGAGGGAGGUGGGAUUGACGGUUAGUAGGUGGGUGAGGAGGUGGAGGGAUACCAAGCGAGGACACCGGGAUUAGAGUUUUGUUUUUGGCAAUGGAAUGGUGGAAUAGGAGGGGGCGUCUCCAGGUUACUGCAGGGUUUGCAGGAUGGUGUUUCCCUGUACCGGGUAUGCUGAAAGUCUUGUGUGCUUUUGGAGAUGAGAAAGGUGGGGCUGGUGGUUAGCAGGUGGAGUGGAGGGAUACCAAGUUAGGACAUUGGGGAAAGUACAUAUGAUUUUGCAUAUAUAUUAUUUUUAUACGACAA